UACGAAUGGGCAUGGGAUGAAAGAUUAACAUCAAGAAAGUCUUUAUUAUCUCAAAACAAUUUGGAGGUGAAGUUUCACCCUGGGUAUAGUGAUGGAACAGUUGCUGUUAGGGGGGAUAAAAUACUAUCGAAAGGAAGACAUCAUUAUUGGGAAGUAGAAAUGUUGUCACAAAUAUAUGGAACAGAUGUGAUGGUUGGUGUAGGCACUGCUAAAGUUAACAUUAAUGAGAGGGAUAAAUUUUUAUCGUUGUUGGGACAAGACCGGGAAUCAUGGGGGCUGUCCUACAAAGGUAAAAUACACCAUGAUGGUGAAAUAAAGGAUUAUUCUGAACCGUUUGCGCAAGGCAGUGUCGUUGGACUUCAUCUAGAUACUUGGAAAGGAACGUUACAGUUUUUCAUAAAUAAUAAGCCUUUUGGCAUUGCUUUUACUGGUUUAUAUGGUAUUGAAUUGUAUCCUAUAAUUUCAUCCACAGCAGCCAAUAGUUGUAUGCGAAUCACACAAAGUUUGUCAGUUCCUGUAUCCUUACAAAUGGAUUGUCUAGGAUUACUAAAGCCUUUGCACAGAUCAUAUCUGUCUACAGCCUUUCCAGGUCUUCGUUAUUUAUUGGACAGUAAAUUUGCAGAAGUUUUACGUAAGAAAAGAGAUAACGAUGAUUCCGAAGAUAGUGAAUAUGAGUUCCCUGAAGAGUACUUGAUAUUGGAUGAUUUUGACUUUGCAUUAGUUGGCCGUGGUAGAAGAAAAAAAAAACGAAUGAUCCGUUAA